UACGAAUUACAAAGAUUAAAAAACAAAACAAAAAAGUUCAGGAAUUUUAGUCUGAUAUGGCCGCUGGCAGAAGAUCUUCCUAAUCGCAUCGGCGAUUGAAGCUUAAUUCGUGUUAACGUCUAACGUAUCAAAUUUUCUACGCCCGUACGCGGCUUUUGGGUAUCUCUGCUGUAUCUUGCAUAAUGGUGAUAAUCUCAGGUUUUUUUUAAUCCUUCGUUUAACGCAGCACUUAGUUCAGUUUGUCAAAGAUUUGUGUUUGUAAAUAGUGUAAUCAAAUUAUAAAAUUCAAUGGUUAAAGCAAUAGAUAAUGCAGCACGGAUAUUAGUCGGUAAAUUCGUACCUUCAAAAGCGAUGCCUGAUAAGAAGUCCGGAAAAAGAGCAACAAAAACCCCCAAAAUAAGUCCCGUACAUCAUUGGUUGGCUCAUCUAAAACAUUCAACAUCUUCAGAAUCGCACAACCUUCUUCAGCAUUCAGGUUUAAUGAAAAACAGGACAAAAUACAGCAUCGUACAUAUAGUCAGGAAUUUACCAAAGGUUUUGAUAAUAGGAAAUAAAAAUUACACCAAGUUUGCAACGAGAUUAAAUUCAAUGCUGUUAUUCAGCAAUGGUGCAGAUGUUUACACUCAUCUGCUGCGUAUGCAGAAACUAGUUUUGCAAUGUCACGAUCAUUUCGUCGAAUACAUGAAGCCCUAUAUUUCACAUAAUAUAUUAAAUCGUCUUCAAGAUAUGUCUUCAUUCAUCCAAGGAACAAUUGAUGAUAUUGACAGUUCUUCUGAUUAUGUCGACACUCGAACGCAGAGAAUAGUUUCGGAUGAUGCAAAUCUAAUAUUAAAGAAACAUUAUUCUGAUGUUGAAAAUAUUAAACGACUCUUUGAAAUGAUGGUGACAGAGAUUUACAAGGUCAUCAUACAAUUUAUGGAAAACUGCACGAGUGAUUUAUUGAAGGACACAAUCAUGCGAGAAAUAUUGCGUCAUUUAGCUGUGGCAUCACAAGGAGAGUUUGUUGCUACGUGCUUAAAACAAGCAAAUGCCGUACCACUGUUCUUGAAGAAUCCAAAAGAAAUAUUUUUCAGGGGAUUACUAAUCAUAUGUCGGUUAGAUUAUGAUUUAUCUAUUUCAAUGUCAUCAAAUGCUGAUCAAUUGUGCCGGGUGGUUGACGACACAAAAGAUGAAGAAGCAAGAAGUCUGGCAUUAGAAAUCCUAAGUAUGAUUGUUAGUCGUGCUUCUAAGAUUUUGAAUGUCGAAAAAUCGAACGGAAAAAUUGGUGUGCAUGAUAUGAAACCUAAAAUUGAUAAGUUGCUUUCUGACAAAUUAUCAGCAAUAGCAUCUCUGGCGACGAGACAAUUAUUCCGUGUUUCUUCAAUAAAUUCAACUCAGGUGUAUCAUUCAACGUUAAAAAUUAUUUGCGGAAUUUGGAGAAUUUCAAACAAGCAAACGAAUGGGACAAACGGCAUUCAUCAAAUAUUAUCAAAAACAGUAGAACCUCUCAUAGCAAGAUUAGACGACUUAGAAGAAAAGGAUGCCAAGACUAGACAUCUUACAUUGAUUGUAAUAGCUAUGCUGGCGCGACACCGAGUUUCUCAAGAAAAAUUGGCGAAAAAAUUCGUCAUUCAAAGAAUUCUCCAAAUUAUGGAAGAUGUCAAUUACAAGAGGACGAACUUCAAUAACAAACAACCAUAUUCUUCAUCCGGUUAUGUUUCAAGCACGGACACAACUUGCUCCACAAGUUGUGAAUCCUUGGUGAAACCUUUCGCUUCCAAACGUAAAAAACAAGUUACUUUUGCAUCGGAUUGUACGCUGGCUUCAACCUUACUACGCCCAGAUGAGGUUGCACCAUCAAUAAACAAUGAAAUAAAAGGAUCUUUACCUGAUUUAAUAAAUCCAACUAUCAACAUACCAAGCUCAUUAAAAAACAGAGAAUGUGAUGCACUACAAAGAAAAACUGUAUCCGAAUCUGAUACGCAGUACGAUCGAUUCAUUCUUCACAAUUGUGCGAUAGCGUUAGUGCGAAUUUGUUUGAAUCACAAUUCAUCUUAUUUUUUGGAUUCUGGAGGAAUUGAAGUCAUAACAAAAAUCUUGAAAACGGAAGACUUGGGAGAAUCAAUAUUGCCAUAUCUGGUGUGCUUGCGUGACAUUGGGAAUAAUAAAGAGGACAUCACGUCACAAGAUGGGUCAACAAUGGACGACGACAUUUCGCGAUCGGGGUCCAUUAUUGAUUGAUUUCCAAAUAAUGACUUGUAUGAAUUGUUUUACACACGAUGGCCUACAAAUCGGAAACACUACCUAAAUUUACUAAUAACAUUUCUUCAAUAAAGUGUUCCUCCAUUUUUUUAAGGAUACCAGUAAAUUAAUUUUUUUUUAAAGAAAAAUAAAUAUGGAUACACGG